AUCUCAUUGUCGGUGAUGGAUAUAUCUAGCUGGCUCCGUGAUCGUGUAACUCAAGAGAGUGGUUCAAGCAGACCGCUCUGUCUGGCUUGGAGUCAAUGUCACGGGUUGGAACUCGAAGAGUGCGGAAACGAUCAUUCCAGCAACUGGUAAUCGUUGGCUAUGAGCAACUAAUUAAGUGCAUCUCUACCUCGCGAAGCACGAAGUUUCAGGAAUACGAUCCCGCUCAUGCCUCUAAUCCUUUCCUUCUCCCCGGAUUCCUCUCGUUUGGUACUUCCCGGGCCCACGAAGAUGAUACCAGUGCAAACAAUCCCAAAGUUGGAGCACCGUGGCACCCCCAGUGGCGGUAUGCAACGAGGUCGUGUCAUGAUUUGAUCGUAAAUCUGCACCUCCCAUCAAGCCUCCACAUUUACCAACAAGACAUGCAACUGCUCUCCAAACAUGUGUGUUCAUCCGCUCGGCAGAGAUGGAACUGGAAUCUAUUAUAGUUUUGAGAUACGAUAAAAUACCUAUUCUUGCUGUAGUCUCCCUCCAUUACAUUUCCCAACGUGACGCUGUCCCAAGCCACAACCGGGACGCCAGUGCGGCCUGCAGGCAACAACAACGUCGGAAUCAUAUUUCGAAUAGUAA